AUGUCAAAGCGUGCGUUUACAGCGCCGAGUCGAAGCUGCGUUCGUGCGUUUCCGACAGCCAAUCGGUCUCUUUUUCGUCAUUGGUCUCCGAGUAGACACACUUGCACGAAAUGGCGUCCCACAAAACGUUCCGCAUCAAGCAAAAGCUUGCCAAGAAGCUGAAGCAAAACCGACCCAUUCCGCAAUGGAUCCGUAUGCGCACGGGUAACACCAUCCGGUACAACGCCAAGCGCCGUCACUGGAGACGUACCAAGCUGAAGCUGUAAGCGCGGGGGGCACCCUCUCGUUUGCGUAUUGUUUACCAUCGAAUUCGAGCGCGCGCAAGAACGGUGGAAAUGAAAGGCAAAAUUGUCCUUUCCAUCCAUCCGCGACUGUUUGUGACGAGUUUGGUGCAUUUUCAAUAUUACUACCGCAAUGUUUGUGCACCAACAUGUUGAAUAAAUAGGCAUCAGCUGGCGCAAAACAUCCCCCAAACAA